GAGCUUGACGGCGCGCCCUCCGACCUCGCUGAUAAAAUACCUUAAAGUCUAUCAUUGUCCAAACUUUUCUGAAGAAUCAAUCUCAAGAACAAAUUUGAAUAAACUUCGAAUCAUAUCAAUCACAUAUCAAAAUGUCGGACCUUACUACAGUUUACUCCAAGGACGCUGCUUUCCCAGCAGGACCUUACUCCCAAGCCAUCAAGACUUCAUCUACUAUCUACUGCUCUGGACAAAUUCCAUGCACACCCGAAGGCGAAAUUCUCACCCUCGAGACCUCCAGCAUCUCUGCCAUGACCGAGCUCUGCAUCAAGAACUUGUCUGCUGUUCUUAAGGAAGCUGGAAGCAGUAUUGAGAAAGUUGUUAAGGUCAAUGUCUUCUUGACUACCAUGGACAACUUUGCGGAAAUGAACGGAGCCUACGAGAAGCUUUUCAAGCAUAAGCCUGCAAGAAGUUGUGUUGCUGUAUACCAAUUGCCCAAGGGUGUUCCAGUUGAGAUCGAAUGUAUUGCAUUGGCUUAAAGCUACAUUCGAUAGGAAGAAAGAAGUAUCUAGGAAAGCCUUAAGAACGACGAUGCCGAUGAAAUAUUUUCCGUGGCCUCAAUGUUGAGAUUAUGACACUAUGAACACAUCCCGAAUUAGCCGGUUUAGACCUUGCUGUUAUUGUUAGUGAAUCUCUCGUCGGCCAUGAUUUCAACAGUUUGAAAUCUAGAGUCGGAAGAUAAUGCUAUCUUGAGUUUGAUCAUCAGGCACUACACCCAUUCUGUGUCUUUUUUAUGCAUCAUAUGUGACGUUAGCCAAGCACUAUUUCAUCAUAUUUCCGGGGGUGCCAAGGCUUCAAAUUAUUAAGAUUCUGAUAGCUCAAACUGCCUCGAGAAUUGGGACUGA